GAGGACCAAAUUAGAUUAGAGAAAAAGAGUAGUAAAUAAAACGAAUAAAAGAAAGCCAGGUAGGGACUUCGAUUCCCGGCGUCGUAGUCUCAGGUUCCGGCACAAUUCCACUGCCAUCUCUCUGUGCUCCUGCAUGCUUUUAGGGUUUCGAUUUGUUCAAAAUCUCAAUUAUCUGUAGAGGAUCUCAAAAUGGUGAGAGGCUUGCUUCGUAAGCUUGGCGCUCAGUCACUCACCAUCGCCGGAAAAUGGCAGCAACAACAGCUCCGCCUCCUCAACAUCCACGAGUUUCAGGGAGCUGAGUUGAUGGGCAAAUAUGGGAUCAAUGUUCCAAAAGGUGUUGCUGUUACUACCCUCGGAGAUGUGAAAAAAGCAAUUCAAGAUGUAAUACCUGAUCAAAACGAGGUGGUUGUUAAAGCACAAGUCCUUGCUGGUGGACGUGGCCUGGGAACUUUCAAAAAUGGAUUUAAGGGUGGAGUUCACAUUGUCAAGACUGACCAGGCUGAAGAAAUAGCUGGGAAGAUGCUCGGACAGAUACUUGUUACUAAACAAACUGGAGCUCAAGGAAAAGUUGUCAGCAAGGUUUAUCUUUGUGAGAAGAUGUCCCUUGUGAAUGAAAUGUACUUCUCUAUUAUACUUGAUCGUGCAACUGCUGGCCCUCUCAUAAUUGCCUGUUCAAAGGGAGGUACCAGUAUUGAAGACCUGGCUGAAAAAUUUCCUGACAUGAUUAUAAAGGUUCCCAUUGAUGUGUUUAGAGGAAUCACUGACGAAGAUGCUGCGAAGGUCGUCGAUGGUUUGGCUCCUAAAGUAGCUGACAGAAAUGAUUCAAUUGAACAAGUGAAAAAGUUAUAUAAAAUGUUCUGUGAAUGUGACUGCACAAUGUUAGAGAUCAACCCCCUUGCUGAAACAUCUGAUAAGAAGUUGGUAGCUACUGAUGCUAAGCUCAAUUUUGAUGAUAAUGCUUCUUACCGUCAAAGAGAAAUUUUUGCUCUCCGUGAUUCAUCACAAGAAGAUCCUCGUGAGGUUGCUGCUGCAAAAGCUGAUUUGAACUAUAUUGGCUUAGAUGGAGAAAUUGGUUGCAUGGUGAAUGGCGCUGGAUUGGCAAUGGCUACCAUGGAUAUAAUUAAGCUUCAUGGAGGGACUCCGGCCAACUUUCUUGAUGUUGGUGGUAAUGCCUCUGAAGGACAAGUUGUGGAGGCUUUUAAAAUUUUGACUUCAGAUGAGAAGGUAAAAGCAAUCCUGGUUAACAUCUUUGGAGGAAUAAUGAAGUGUGACGUGAUAGCCAGUGGUAUUGUCAAUGCGGCCAAACAGGUUCAAUUGAAAGUGCCAGUGGUUGUUCGCCUUGAGGGUACCAAUGUCGAACAAGGGAAGAGAAUUCUAAAGGAAAGUGGGAUGACCUUGAUAACUGCCGAAGAUUUAGAUGAUGCGGCUGAGAAAGCAGUAAAAGCAACUGCUAGUUGAGUGGAAACCACUUUUAUAGUUUUAUUUCACAGUCUCUCCCUUUUUGACAGGAAACAUCUGAAUGUCCACAUUUCAAGUGUACACGAAGAAAAUAGGGAUUAAAUUCUUUUUGAUAAGACUUGGAAUAAGCUUGGUGUUAUUCAGCUGUGACCUAACUAUCGGUCCUAUUGAUCCUUAUCCCUCUGAUUUUACCCUUUCUUUAUUGAUGAUUGUGUUGUUCCCA